AACCGACGUACACAGGGUCGUGAGCGUUCUGCGAAGUGAGUGAGAGCUCACGCCAUGAAUUUGGGAGAUGGUUUAAAGCUUGAAACUGAAUUAUUGGAUGGAAAAACCAAGCUAAUAUUGUCUCCGUUUGAAUGUAAAUCAAAAAUUUCUGUGAAGAUGGGAAAUAAGACCAAGAUUGCAAAAUGUCCUUUAAGAACAAAACAAACUGGAUAUGUUCUAAAAUCAACACAAAAUGCUUGUUGUAUCAGGAGUGAAAAACUUUUGCAAAAAAAGAGAAUUUGUUCAGAAACUUCACUGGUAAAAGGUGAAAAAAAUAGCAUGACUUUUUCACCCACUAACGAUUUAUGCAAGCAGUAUGCAGAUAAAGAUUGUCUUCAUAUCCAGAAGGAAAUUCCACCUGCAACUCCUAAUAUACAGAAGUCUAGAAACACCAUAAAUACAUCUGUAGUAGCUAAACAGAAGCCUUGCAAAAAACACAUCACAGCCGAAAACAUGAAGAGCAGUUUGAUGUGUCUAACACAAGACCAACUACAACAGAUUUUGAUGACUGUAAACCAAGGAAAUAGAUCUAUUUCCCUGACUGAGAAUGGAAAGGAGGAACCAGAUCAGGACAGUCUACAUUUAAACAGUAUUCCUAAUCAGCCAAAGGAUGAGAACGUUAUGGGACUACUCCAGAAAACUGAGGCUGUUUCAUCUGUUCAGGAUGAAAAUAAAUCUGUUUUAAAUAAGAAUCAGGAGACAUCUAAGCAGUAUGAGCAGAAAAUUGCCAUAGAGAAUCUGUGGAAACCAGCUGACAUAUUCAGUACUUUGGGGGAAAGAGAACGUGAUAGAAGUUUGUUGGAAGCAAAAAAAGCACAGUGGAGGAAAGAGCUUGGUAGGACAUUAUUUACAGAUGAACAGGUUGCUUUAAAGAAGAAAGAAAAAGAAGCAUCUGAAAAAUGGAAUAAUCCUUGGAAAAAAUCUGAAAGUGAUAAAACAGUAUGUGAAAAACUUGAAAUUCUUGACCAAUCUAAGGAAGCAGUACCACUGGAGCGCCCUUUCAGUGCUGUGAAACAAGAACAGCAGAGAAAAUGGAUUGAAGAGUUGAACAAGCAAAUAGAAGAUGACCGCCAAAGAAAAAUAGAGGAAAAAAUUAUGUCUUCAAAGGGUGAGGAACAUGACAGAUGGGCAAUGCAUUUUGAUUCAUUAAAGAGUGGUCCUGGUUCUCAGUCUCAGUUGUCCUCUUGGUCAACACACAAACAGCCAGAGUACCUCUGUGUCUCUCCGGACACUCAGGAGCUGGCUCACUGCAGCAGUGUUUAUACACCUACAACUGGAACCCAGGUUGAACCUUCAGAGGAGCAGCAUAUAGUAAAACCUGUUAGAGAUGUGGCUAUAGCAAACAGUCAAAGAACGAACUUUCUCCGUUCUAUGACUGCUCUUUUGGACCCAGCUGAGAUUGAGGAACGAGACAGGCGGCGACAAAAACAGUUAGAACAUCAGAAAGCCAUUACUGCUCAGGUAGAAGAGAAGCACAGGAAGAAGCAGCUGGAAGAAGAGCAAAGAAAGAAGGAAGAACAAGAAGAGGAGCAUCGCUUAGCACGGGAACGAGGAGAGAUGCAGAGACAGUAUGAAGAAGACAUGCUUAAGCAGAAACAAAAGGAAGAAAUCAUGACUCUCAAGACAAAUGAGCUGUUCCAGACAAUGCAGAAAGCACAGGAGCUGGCACAGAGACUGAAACAAGAACAGAGAAUCCGAGAAUUGGCUCAAAAGGGACAUGACACUUCUAGAUUGAUUAAAAAUCUUGGCAUUGAUACUAUACAAGUGGAAUAUAAUGCAUCUACUAACAAGAUUUCAAAUUCAAGAGACGGCUUAGAUGAAGUCAAUGGUAAAAUGAAUACAUGUAUCAAUUCUAUGAUCUCUCCCAAGAAGGACACUGGUGUGCAAACAGAUGACUUAAAUACAGGAAUAUUCACCAAUGCAGAAUCAUGCUGUGGAUCAGUAAUAGAGUGGGAAAUUAUAAAUUGUUCAUCUCCCGAGAUUCCUGCAGAAUUUAAUGAACAGUUUAACACUAAGAAAAAGAAACAAGAAGUAAUAAGUCGGGAUAAAGGAGCUAACUUAGAAAAAGAAAACAGUUGGUAUAAUGACCAGUGUAAUCAGUUCACAAGAACAGAGAAACAAAUGAAACAUACUAAGAAAUGUCCUAAAAGGCCUGACUGGAAUAUAAAUAAGCCACUCAAAAGGUAUAUUCCAGCAUCAGAAAAGUACCCUAAACAGCUUCAAAAGCAAAGAGAAGAAAAAAAAGUAAGAAGGCAGAUGGAACUACUUCAUUUGGUAGAAAGAAAUAAUCCUGGACACCUCUCUCAAAAUAGAGGGACUUCACCAGACGUUUUUCAUUCAUCUCAUCAAGAAACUGAGCCAAGAUUCAGGUGGCACCUAGUCAAAAAGGAAGAAGAGCCUCUGAAAAUUAAUUCUUUCAGCAAGGAAAGGUCUCAAUCACCACCAGUUCCAGCAGUGAAAAACAGAAUGCAACAAACUCAGACACUAAGAAACAGUAAUUAUGAGAGAGAGAAUCUGAUCUCAGGAGGCAAUCAAACAGAAUCAUCACCUGGAAUUUCUGAACCAUCCCAUUUUAUUCCUUAUGUCCGAACCAAUGAGAUCUAUUGCCUUGAUCCAGACGCACCAUUGUCUAGGCCUUUAACUCAGGAUCCCCAGUAUCAAAAUCCACAUGACUAUGACCAAGAACAACGACAGCUAUUUGACUCGGACCAUGUCAGGGACCCACUUCUUAAUCCUAACUUGGUGAAAAACAGGGAUCGACAGCAAGCAAUCCUUAAGGGACUAUCAGAACUGAGACAGGGCCUUCUCCAGAAGCAAAGGGAGUUGGAAACUAAUCUCCUGCCUUUAGCUGCAAAUCAAGAAGAGAAUUUUAGUUCUACGUUUUAAAUUUAGAAAAUCAAAUCCUUCGCAUUUGAUUUGUAUCUUCAAAUUAUAAAAUGUGCUUGUUGCUUAACUGUAUUUUUCAAAUAGCCUGGAUUUAUUUUUAAAAUGCUUAUUUAAAACUUGUACAUUACAUAGUAAAAUGCUGUAUAUAUAUAUAUAUUUUUUUUUACAAUAAAACAGAUACCUUUUGUAAA